AUGAAGACAAGGUUUCUUAGAGGGUGCCUUAACAAGUGCAAGAAAAUGGGAAGCAAAGUGAUACCUUGUACUACUGUGUCUGAUUCUUGCGACCAAUGUUACCUUAAAAAAUACACAAACUUGUGGCCUUCAUCUUCGAAUUCAUUGGAUAAGAGAUGCUCCAUUCCAAAUGAUGUUCCAAAGGGUCACUUGGUAGUGUAUGUUGGAGAAGAACACAAGAGAUUUGUGAUCAAAAUUGCAUUGCUUCACCAUCCACUCUUUAGGGCCUUGUUGGAUCAAGCUCAAGAAGAGUAUGAUUUCAUUGCGGAUUCCAAACUAUGCAUUCCUUGUGAUGAACACAUCUUCCUCAGUGUUCUUCGCUGUGCAAGUUCUCCACAGAAUGAUCGUGUGUGUUUCUGUCUUUAUCUCUGA